AUCAAAUGCGAUGAAGGCCGUCCAGGCUGCAAGAAGUGUCAGAUUCACAACACGCCAUGCCCAGGAUACCGAGGCAUCAAACCUGACGGACUGGAAUGGCGCGACGAAACUCAGGCGGUGACGAGGCGUGUAGGGAUGGGAUCGAAGACCAGUUCCGGUAGCAGCAGUCCUGAACACAAUAGCGAGUCCGACGGCGGUGCUCCGCCUACCAAGAGAGUCGAGGAGUUGAGUCUGGUCGAGAGGCCUGUUGCAACCGAGUAUACGGUUAUACCACAGGCUGUUUUUAGCGCUGCGACCAACCGCUCGCAGAUGUUCGAUGUCAGCAUGAGAUUGUACCGACCCACGACACUGGUUGAUCAGCCACUGCGUGCUCACAUCUCCGAUUUUUCAUGUUUGCAGAAGACCAUCACUUCCAAAUCUUCACCGGCAUUGCUUGCAGCUGUUGAUACCAUCAGUCUGUUGCAACUUGGUGUAUCUUACCAAGACAAGGCCUUCUUCGAACACGCUCGUCGAAGGUAUGGACAGGCGUUGACAGCAUUAGUGGUUGCACUCAACAAGCCAAAUGUGCUUGGCAACAACGAUGUUUUGGGUGCCAUGAAGCUGCUCGAGUUUUGUGAGCAAGGAAGCUGGAUCAGCCAUGUAAACGGAGUGGAAAACUUCUUAGUGCAGCGGGGACCAGUCCCACUGAUAACAGAACUUGACAAUAUGCUUUUCUUCCACGCCAGACAUUCUUCCGUAAGUGUCCUCGACGAUACUCCUAUUACUGUUACUGACGGGUGCAAGAUUCUCCAAGGUGUUCUCAAACGCAAGGCUAUCAUUUUUGCCGAGCCAAGAUGGCUGGCGAUCACGAAAGACACACCUUACACGGAUUCGUCCCCUCGUCUAUUCGACGUCCUAGUACAUAUACCGGGGCUNUUUGAGCGGGCUGACAACUUGAUUGCAAGUGGUAAACCUACCUAUCUCAACGGUGUGGUUGCAGAUUUGGUCACCGCCAUCGAGCAACUCCAAGAGUGGGAAACCGAGUCUCACGCCGAGCUAAAGCAUCCGGCCUUUACGAACGUUGACAUAUCGAGGUUCAAAAGAUUCACACGACUGUGCCACAAUAAGACCUUCCCACUGGCCAUCGACUUCCCUGAUUUUCUUACAGGAUAUCUACAGUCGAUAUACUGGCUUUAUCUCUUCACUAUUGAGCGCACGCUUCAGGACAUCUUGAUGAAGUACCCUGGUAGUAAAUGCGCUUUCUCGCUGGACGAACUGAACAAGCGAAUCCUGCAAAUCGCAAUCUACAUGUGUCAGAUGAUGCCAUACUUCUGCGAUCCGGAUGCUUCGUCAAUGGGCCGCUUUGCCACUUUCAUGCCGCUGGUGUUUGCUCUCAAAUACUUUGAAGCGCGUGGAAUGAAGGCGCAACAGGAUUGGUGCCAGGACGUUACCGAUGCCAUGUUCAACGAUGGUAUCAAUCCGCCAUGGAAGUUGGACUUGGCUAAGGGAUUGAAGCCAGGCGAGAAGAAGCAGAUCACAUAG